ACCGGCAAAAAAUUAAUUUUGAGCAACUUUUUGGUUCAAUAUAUCAGGCUCUUGCUUGUAAACAAUCCAAUUCAAGUUUUCAAAAAACUCAGAGAUGGAAUCAAGCUCAAAGGAAAUCACCCAUAAUUUUCCUCCCUUCUUCAAAGUUUACAAAGAAGGCCGCGUAGAGAGAUACGAAAUCUGGGAAACUGCUAAGGCUGGCGAUGACCCAAUUACAGGAGUCCAGACAAAAGACGUCGUCGUUGUGCAAGAAUCGGGUCUUAAGGCCCGCAUUUUCAUCCCCAAGAUCGACGGCCCGCAUCAAAAGCUGCCGCUUCUUAUUCACUAUCACGGAGGAGGCUUCUGCCUUGGAUCGGCCUUUGGGACUAGAACAAAGAAAUUUCUCACUUCGAUUGUCUCCAGAGCCAAAAUCAUUGCCAUUUCAAUCGAUUACAGUUUAGCCCCUGAACACCCUCUGCCAACUGCUUAUAUAGAUUCAUGGACCGCGCUGCAAUGGGUUGCAACCCACUCUGAUGGCCGUGGACCCGAACCAUGGAUUAACGAUCAUGCGGAUCUCCAGCGGGUCUUUCUCACAGGCGAGAGCGCCGGAGCCAAUAUUGCCCAUUAUGUGGCAGUCCAAGCGGGCGUUACCCGGUUGGCGGGCUUAAAAGUCGAAGGUUUGCUGAUCGUACACCCGUUCUUUGGGGGUAAAGAGCCCGAUUUAAUGUACAAGUUUAUGUGCCCGACGAGCAGCGGAUGUGACGAUGAGCCGAAAUUGAACCCAGCAGUGGAUCCGAACUUGAAGAGCAUCGUGGGUGAAAGAAUGCUGGUUUGCGUGGCGGAGAAAGAUUGGCUGAGAAAUAGAGGCGUGGCGUAUUUUGAGACUUUGCAGCGGGCUGGCAAAGUUGAGCUAUUUGAGACUGACGGGGAAGGCCAUUGCUUUCAUUUGUUCAACCCCGACAGCGAGAAGGCUGAACCUUUGCUUCAGAAAAUGAUUCACUUCAUCAAUCAGUAGUGCUUUUUUGGGUUUUAGUUUAUGACUUCUAUUAAUCCACGAUUGUACUCGUUUUCAAUGAAUCCUCUUAAUGAUAAUGCAAUAUCUAUAUUAUGAUA